AUGGCCGUCCGUAAUGGUUCUCUGCUCCCUGCUCCAUCAACAAGGGAGGAGGAGCAACCUUCAUCGGCGAUGAUCCAACGGAGAGAAGCGCAGGCUACUGUCGAAACCGUGCCUACAAACAUCGAAACCACGAUCGAACAAUCUAACGAUCCUCAGUUUUUGAAAUCCAUCGUCGACUUAACCGCGUUAGCAGCCGCAGUCGACGCCUUCAAACGCCGCUACGACGAACUGCAGAGCCACAUGGAUUACAUCGGGAACGCGAUCGACUCCAAUCUCAAAACUAACGGCAUCAUCGAAACCGCCGCCGCGUCGCCUCCUCCGCAAAACAAAACAGCCACGGCGAUUGCUUGCCAAUCGCCGCCCAAGGAGAAGUCCGAAGCGGAGCGAUUCUGCGAGUCGAUGUGGAGCAAAGAGCUCCGAAGGUACAUGUUCGUGAACAUCUCUGAGCGAGCCAAGCUAAUCGAAGAGAUUCCUGGAGCGUUGAAGCUGGCCAAGGACCCGGCGAAGUUCGUGUUGGACUGCAUCGGGAAGUUUUACUUGCAAGGGCGCAAAGCCUUCGCCAAAGAUUUGCCCGCGAUCACCGCGAGGAAGGUUUCGCUUCUUAUCCUGGAGUGUUACCUUCUGACGUUUGAUCCUGAGGGAGAGAAGAAGAAGAAGCUUUUGGUUAGUUCUGUGAAAGAUGAGGCGGAGGCGGCUGCUGUUGCGUGGAAGAAGAGGCUGGUGGGUGAAGGAUGGUUGGGUGCAGCGGAGGCUAUGGACGCAAGGGGUUUGCUUCUGUUGGUUGCUUGUUUUGGGAUUCCGGAGAGCUUUAAGAGUAUGGAUUUGUUGGAUUUGAUUAGGCAGAGUGGUACUGAUGAGAUUGUUGGUGCUCUUAAACGGUCACCGUUUCUUGUCCCUAUGAUGUCAGGUAUAGUUGAUUCAAGUAUCAAGCGUGGAAUGCAUAUUGAAGCUCUUGAGCUGGUUUAUACCUUUGGGAUGGAGGAUAGGUUUUCACCUUCUUCAAUUCUAACUUCCUUCCUAAGGAUGAGGAAGGAUUCAUUUGAGAGGGCGAAACGUCAAGCACAAGCACCCAUGGCAUCUAAAACUGCGAACGAAAAGCAGUUGGAUGCGUUAUCAUCAGUGAUGAAGUGUUUGGAAGCUCACAAGUUAGACCCAGCGAAAGAAGUACCAGGGUGGCAGAUCAAAGAGCAAAUGGCCAAGCUUGAGAAAGACAUUGUUCAGCUCGACAAACAGAUGGAGGAAGCGAGAUCUAUCAGUCGAAUGGAGGAAGCGAGAUCCAUCAGUCGAAUGGAGGAAGCGAGAUCCAUCAGCAUAAGGGAGGAAGCGGCAAUUAGCGAGAGAUUGUAUAACCAGCAGAUGAAACGUCCAAGGUUGUCAGAAAUGGAAAUGCCACCAACAGCUGCCGCAUCUUAUUCUCCGAUGUACCGCGACCACCGAAGCUUCCCUAGUCACAGAGAGGGAGAUGCAGAUGAAAUAUCAGCUCUUGUCAGUAGUUACCUCGGCCCAUCAUCAGGUUUUCCUCAUCGGUCAGGUCUUAUGAGAUCCCCUGAAUAUAUGGUUCCACCUGGUGGGUUAGGAAGAAGUGUGUAUGCGUAUGAUCAUCUGCCUCCAAAUUCUUAUUCUCCGGUUCACGGACAGAGACGUCCUCAAGAGUACCCUCCUCCAGUUCAUGGGCAACAUCAAAUGCCAUAUCGUCUAUACAGACAUUCACCAUCUGUAGAAAGACACUUGGCUUUGUCCAAUCACAGGACCCCUCGUAACUUAUCGCAAGACCGCAUUGGAGGAAUGUAG